UUAGGAAAAUCAGGAAGUAGCAAAUUAGUCCGCGCAGCAGCCCGUGAUGCUGUUUGUCCGUCUGGGCUCACUAACCGACAUGGAUGUUCCUCUCAGAGUUCUUCUCAUCCUCGCUGGACUCACAGGAAUUCACAGCAUAAGAGUCAGUGAAGUGUCAGUAAAGGCUGGUGGUUCAAUCUCAAUCCCGUGUCUCUAUUCCUCACAAUAUACAAACCAUGUGAAGUACUUGUGUAAAGGAUAUUAUUGGAACUACUGCACUUUUGCAGUUAGAACAGACCAAAAGAACUCAGCAAAGUUUUCAAUAUCUGAUGAUAAAAUCCAAAGAAUCUUCACUGUGACUGUAAAUGAACUGACAAAUGACGACUUGUAUUACUGGUGUGGUGUGGAGAUUAAUGAUGGAGCAGAUGACGGGUAUCCUUUUCACCUGUCAGUCACCACGGGUACAAGCAGUCUCUACGUGGAUAAUCAAGAGGAAAAAGCCUUUCUAGGAGGUGAAAUAACCAUCAAAUGCCACCAUCAGAGUAACCCUGGAGAAAUGAGGUGGUGCAGGAUGGGCAGCUCCUGCGUGACUCAACCGUCUGGAUCAAUAAAUGGAACAGAGGUCACAAUCGAUACAAAUGGCCCCAAUGUUUUCAGCGUGACUAUGAGAGGACUGAAGACGGAGAGCAGCGGCUGGUAUUUAUGUGUCAGUGGAAACCUCCAGUUCCCUGUGCGCCUGACUGUUACUGAGCAACCUAACACAAGAAUUCACAGCAUAAGAGUCAGUGAAGUGUCAGUGAAGGCUGGUGGUUCAAUCUCAAUCCCGUGUCUCUAUUCCUCACAAUAUACGAACCAUGUGAAGUACUUGUGUAAAGGAUUUUAUUGGAUCUCCUGCACUUAUGAAGUUAGAACAGACCAAAACAACUCAGCAAAGUUUUCAUUAUCUGAUGAUAAAAUCCCAAAAAUCUUCACUGUGACUGUAAAUGAACUGACAAAUGACGACUCGUAUUACUGGUGUGGUGUGGAGAUUAAUGAUGGACCAGAUAACGGGUAUGGUUUUCACCUCUCAGUCACCACGGGUACACGCAGUCUCUACGUGGAUAAUCAAGAGAAAACAGCAUUUCUAGGAGGUGACAUAACCAUCAAAUGCCACCAUCAGGGUAACCCUGGAGAAAUGAGGUGGUGCAGGAUGGGCAGCUCCUGUGUGACUCAACCGUCUGGAUCAAUAGAUGGAACUAAGGUCACCAUCGAUACAAAUGUCCCCAAUGUUUUCAGCGUGACUAUGAGAGGACUGAAGACGGAGAGCAGCGGCUGGUAUUUAUGUGUCAGUGGAAACCUCCAGUUCCCUGUGCGCCUGACUGUUACUGAGCAACCUACCACAAGAAUUCACAGCAUAAGAGUCAGUGAAGUGUCAGUGAAGGCUGGUGGUUCAAUCUCAAUCCCGUGUCUCUAUUCCUCACAAUAUACAAACCAUGUGAAAUACUUGUGUAAAGGAUACGAUUGGAACACCUGCACUUAUCAAGUUAAAACAAACCAAAAAAACUCAACAAAGUUUUCAAUAUCUGAUGAUAAAAUCCAAAAAAUCUUCACUGUGACUGUAAAUGAACUGACAAAUGACAACUCGCAUUACUGGUGUGCUGUGGAGAUUAAUGAUGGAGCAGAUGAAAGAGAAUAUUUUCACCUGUCAGUCACCACAGGUACACGCAGUCUCUACGUGGAUAAUCAAGAGAAAACAGCAUUUCUAGGAGGUGACGUAACCAUCAAAUGCCACCAUCAGAGUAACCCUGGAGAAAUGAGGUGGUGCAGGAUGGGCAGCUCCUGUGUGACUCAACCGUCUGGAUCAAUAGAUGGAACAGAGGUCACCAUCGAUACAAAUGUCCGCAAUGUUUUCAGCGUGACUAUGAGAGGACUGAAGACGGAGAGCAGCGGCUGGUAUUUAUGUGUCAGUGGAAACCUCCAGUUCCCUGUGCGCCUGACUGUUACUGAGCAACCUAACACAAGAAUUCACAGCAUAAGAGUCAGUGAAGUGUCAGUGAAGGCUGGUGGUUCAAUCUCAAUCCCGUGUCUCUAUUCCUCACAAUAUACAAACCAUGUGAAGUACUUGUGUAAAGGAUAUUAUUGGAUCUCCUGCACUUAUGAAGUUAGAACAGACCAAAGCAACUCAGCAAAGUUUUCAAUAUCUGAUGAUAAAAUCCAAAAAAUCUUCACUGUGACUGUAAAUAAACUGACAAAUGACGACUUGUAUUACUGGUGUGCUGUGGACAUUGAUGGAGGAGUAGAUGACGGAGAUUAUUUUCACCUGUCAGUCACAACAGGUACACGCAGUCUCUACGUGGAUAAUCAAGAGAAAACAGCAUUUCUAGGAGGUGCCAUAACCAUCAAAUGCCACCAUCAGCGUAACCCUGGAGAAAUGAGGUGGUGCAGGAUGGGCAGCUCCUGUGUGAAUCAACCGUCUGGAUCAAUAGAUGGAACUAAGGUCACCAUCGAUACAAAUGUCCCCAAUGUUUUCAGCGUGACUAUGAGAGGACUGAAGACGGAGAGCAGCGGCUGGUAUUUAUGUGUCAGUGGAAACCUCCAGUUCCCUGUGCGCCUGACUGUUACUGAGCAACCUAACACAAGAAUUCACAGCAUAAGAAAUAAUGAUGGAGCAGAUGACGGGUAUCGUUUUCACCUGUCAGUCACCACGGGUACAAGCAGUCUCUACGUGGAUAAUCAAGAGAAAACAGCAUUUCUAGGAGGUGACAUAACCAUCAAAUGCCACCAUCAGCGUAACCCUGGAGAAAUGAGGUGGUGCAGGAUGGGCAGCUCCUGUGUGACUCAACGGUCUGGAUCAAUAGAUGGAACAGAGGUCACCAUCAACACAAAUGUCCCCAAUGUUUUCAGCGUGACUAUGAGAGGACUGAAGACGGAGAGCAGCGGCUGGUAUUUAUGUGUCAGUGGAAACCUCCAGUUCCCUGUGCGCCUGACUGUUACUGAGCAACCUAACACAAGAAUUCACAGCAUAAGAGUCAGUGAAGUGUCAGUGAAGGCUGGUGGUUCAAUCUCAAUCCCGUGUCUCUAUUCCUCACAAUAUACAAACCAUGUGAAGUACUUGUGUAAAGGAUAUUAUUGGCGCUCCUGCACUUAUCAAGUUAAAACAAACCAAAAGAACUCAGCAAAGUUUUCAAUAUCUGAUGAUAAAAUCCCAAAAAUCUUCACUGUGACUGUAAAUGAACUGACAAAUGGCGACUCGCAUUACUGGUGUGCUGUGGAGAUUAAUGAUGGACCAGAUGACAGAGAUUAUUUUCACCUGUCAGUCACCACGGGUACACGCAGUCUCUACGUGGAUAAUCAAGAGGAAAAAGCCUUUCUAGGAGGUGAAAUAACCAUCAAAUGCCACCACCAGCGUAACCCUGGAGAAAUGAGGUGGUGCAGGAUGGGCAGCUCCUGUGUGACUCAACGGUCUGGAUCAAUAGAUGGAACAGAGGCCACCAUCGAUACAAAUGUCCCCAAUGUUUUCAGCGUGACUAUGAGAGGACUGAAGACGGAGAGCAGCGGCUGGUAUUUAUGUGUCAGUGGAAACCUCCAGUUCCCUGUGCGCCUGACUGUUACUGAGCAACCUACCACAAGAAUUCACAGCAUAAGAGUCAGUGAAGUGUCAGUGAAGGCUGGUGGUUCAAUCUCAAUCCCGUGUCUCUAUUCCUCAAAAUAUACAAACCAUGUGAAGUACUUGUGUAAAGGAUACGAUUGGAACACCUGCACUUAUCAAGUUAAAACAAACCAAAAAAACUCAGCAAAGUUUUCAAUAUCUGAUGAUAAAAUCCAAAAAUUCUUCACUGUGACUGUAAAUGAACUGACAAAUGACGACUGGCAUUACUGGUGUGCUGUGGAGAUUAAUGAUGGAGCAGAUGACGGGUAUCCUUUUCACCUGUCAGUCACCACGGGUACACGCAGUCUCUACGUGGAUAAUCAAGAGAAAACAGCAUUUCUAGGAGGUGACGUAACCAUCAAAUGCCACCACCAGCGUAACCCUGGAGAAAUGAGGUGGUGCAGGAUGGGCAGCUCCUGUGUGACUCAACCGUCUGGAUCAAUAGAUGGAACAGAGGUCACCAUCGAUACAAAUGUCCCCAAUGUCUUCAGCGUGACUAUGAGAGGACUGAAGACGGAGAGCAGCGGCUGGUAUUUAUGUGUCAGUGGAAACCUCCAGUUCCCUGUGCGCCUGACUGUUACUGAGCAACCUACCACAAGAAUUCACAGCAUAAGAGUCAGUGAAGUGUCAGUGAAGGCUGGUGGUUCAAUCUCAAUCCCGUGUCUCUAUUCCUCACAAUAUACAAACCAUGUGAAGUACUUGUGUAAAGGAUACGAUUGGAUCUCCUGCACUUAUCAAGUUAAAACAAACGAAAAAAACUCAACAAAGUUUUCAAUAUCUGAUGAUAAAAUCCAAAAAAUCUUCACUGUGACUGUAAAUGAACUGACAAAUGGCGACUCGUAUUACUGGUGUGCUGUGGAGAUUAAUGAUGGACCAGAUGACAGAGAUUAUUUUCACCUGUCAGUCACCACGGGUACACGCAGUCUCUACGUGGAUAAUCAAGAGAAAACAGCAUUUCUAGGAGGUGACGUAACCAUCAAAUGCCACCAUCAGCGUAACCCUGGAGAAAUGAGGUGGUGCAGGAUGGGCAGCUCCUGUGUGACUCAACGGUCUGGAUCAAUAGAUGGAACAGAGGUCACCAUCGAUAGAAAUGUCCCCAAUGUUUUCAGCGUGACUAUGAGAGGACUGAAGACGGAGAGCAGCGGCUGGUAUUUAUGUGUCAGUGGAAACCUCCAGUUCCCUGUGCGCCUGACUGUUACUGAGCAACCUAACACAAGACUUCACAUCAUAAGAGUCAGUGAAGUGUCAGUGAAGGCUGGUGGUUCAAUCUCAAUCCCGUGUCUCUAUUCCUCACAAUAUACAAACCAUGUGAAGUACUUGUGUAAAGGAUACGAUUGGAUCUCCUGCACUUAUCAAGUUAAAACAAACGAAAAAAACUCAACAAAGUUUUCAAUAUCUGAUGAUAAAAUCCAAAAAUUCUUCACUGUGACUGUAAAUGAACUGACAAAUGACGACUUGUACUACUGGUGUGCUGUGGAGAUUAAUGAUGGAGCAGAUGACGGGUAUCCUUUUCACCUGUCAGUCACCACGGGUACACGCAGUCUCUACGUGGAUAAUCAAGAGAAAACAGCAUUUCUAGGAGGUGCCAUAACCAUCAAAUGCCACCACCAGCGUAACCCUGGAGAAAUGAGGUGGUGCAGGAUGGGCAGCUCCUGCGUGACUCAACGGUCUGGAUCAAUAGAUGGAACAGAGGUCACCAUCAACACAAAUGUCCCCAAUGUUUUCAGCGUGACUAUGAGAGGACUGAAGACGGAGAGCAGCGGCUGGUAUUUAUGUGUCAGUGGAAACCUCCAGUUCCCUGUGCGCCUGACUGUUACUGAGCAACCUACCACAAGAAUUCACAGCAUAAGAGUCAGUGAAGUGUCAGUGAAGGCUGGUGGUUCAAUCUCAAUCCCGUGUCUCUAUUCCUCACAAUAUACAAACCAUGUGAAGUACUUGUGUAAAGGAUAUUAUUGGAUCUCCUGCACUUAUAAAGUUAGAACAGACAAAAACAACUCAGCAAAGUUUUCAAUAUCUGAUGAUAAAAUCCAAAAAAUCUUCACUGUGACUGUAAAUGAACUGACAAAUGACGACUUGUACUACUGGUGUGGUGUGGAGAUUAAUGAUGGAGCAGAUAACGGGUAUCGUUUUCACCUGUCAGUCACCACGGGUACACGCAGUCUCUACGUGGAUAAUCAAGAGAAAACAGCAUUUCUAGGAGGUGACGUAACCAUCAAAUGCCACCACCAGCGUAACCCUGGAGAAAUGAGGUGGUGCAGAAUGGGCAGCUCCUGUGUGACUCAACGGUCUGGAUCAAUAGAUGGAACAGAGGUCACAAUCGAUACAAAUGUCCGCAAUGUUUUCAGCGUGACUAUGAGAGGACUGAAGACGGAGAGCAGCGGCUGGUAUUUAUGUGUCAGUGGAAACCUCCAGUUCCCUGUGCGCCUGACUGUUACUGAGCAACCUACCAAAACAGAAACACCGUUACAAGAAACAAUGCAUACAGAGAAUGUCUCCACCUUUUUACCCACAACGACACGUACAACAGUUCAGGAGGAACAAAACAGAAAUGCUUCAUUUGGCCGAACGGAAACCCUCAUUCUUACGAGUGUGUUGAUCUUCACUUUAAUGGUCGCCUUGUUCUUCUGCCUCAUGUUGAAAAGACACAAGCAGAAUAAAUCAGCAUCUUCAGCAAUGAAGGAGGCUGAAGAGGAAGUAACAUACAGUGUCGUGAAGCCCAGGAGGAAACCUUCAAGCCAGCGGUCAUAUGUUGAGCAGGAUGCGGAUGUGACGUAUAGUACUGUGGUUUCCGUGAGGCAACAAAGGGCUCAAAAUGUUGAAGCAGAUGAGGAGAAUGUCACAUACAGCACGUUGGCUUUGGACUAGUUCUGCUGAGCACACGUGACGCCUGUUUGUUCCACCUUGUCCCUACUUAUAAUGUCCUGCAUGUAUUUAGAAAGAAGCCUUUCCCUGUUUGUUUGCAACGUGUUUCAGCAUAUGUUUGAAUACACAACUCUUGGCUUUAAAUGUUGUGUCAUUAUUCAAUAGUGUUGGGAUAUGUUCAUUAUGUCCUCAGUUGUGGUGAUGGUGUAGCACAGUGCUGAUCUGUGUUGUGCAUGAGCCACAAGGGGGCCCUCGUUUGCUUUGCUGUUUUGUUUGUCCCAAAAUGUUUUUGCCGUUUUAUAUGAAGAAGUAAUGAAGGCUGUCUGACCGUGAGACUGAUGUGUCAGCGGCAGCUCGUGAAAUAAAUAUGCCGAACACGGCUAAAGAUG